AUGGAUUCAUCAGCAUCAUCAUUUUUUGAAAAAUCCCAAAAUGUAAAUCUAGGGUUAGGACUUAUUAACCCAGAAUCGACUCUGAUUGAUCCGAUCAGUGAUCAAGGUGGUGAAAAGGAGGUUCAGGUUCUUGAUCCCCAAAAUGCCCCUGUGGGGAGGAAUGAUCUACCAAACGGUAUUGAUGAAGAGGUGAAGGAGAAGGCCGUUGAAGAGGAAGAGGUGAAAUUGAGGGAUGCCAUUGAAAGUGAGAUUCAUCAGCUGACUUUGGAGCAGGCAGAGAUUGAGGCGGCUUGGGAGGAGGGACCUGGGCUUAAUGGUGAUUAUAAGGAAGGGAAUGGGGUAAAAACCGCGGAAAAUGAGAAUGCUGAUGAAGAAAACGGUGUAGAAUAUGAGGUGAAUAAGAACCGGAAUAAAGAAAAAGAUGGACAAGAUGUGCAGAAUUGGGAGGAGGAAGAUAGAGAUGAGGGUUAUAAUGAGAAUGAGAGUAGUGACGAAGAGUAUGAGAGGGAAGGGGAGUCAAUGGAUGCAAUGUUGAAGGGAGGAAUGAAUAGUGAUUAUAAUAGUAGGAGGUCUCAGUAUCCAAUGAGACCCGAUGCAGAGGAGUGUUCAUUCUAUAUGAAAACAGGGUCUUGUAAAUUUGGAUCGGGUUGCAAGUUUAAUCACCCUGCCAGAAGAAAGCAUCAGGAUGUCAAGGAGAGAACAAAUCAAAGGGAAGGAAACCCAGAAAGGGCUGGACAGAUUGAAUGCAAGUAUUACUUGACGUCAGGUGGAUGCAAGUAUGGAAAGGCUUGUAAAUACUAUCAUGGCACGGGCAAAAGCCCAAUAACCGCUAUUCCGGAGUUCAACUUUUUAGGCCUGCCAAUUCGACUGGGAGAAAAAAGGUGUCCCUACUACAUGCGCAAUGGGUCCUGCAAGUAUGGUUCAAACUGCAGGUUUCAUCAUCCCGAACCUACUGCUGAGCCAGGAGGUGACCCCCCUUCUGGAUAUAGUAAUGGGGGAUCUCUUCCACCACAAGGUUUUCUCUCGUCAUCCACCUCUUCUUGGUCUUCACCAAGGGCAUUAAAUGAGACUGCUUCUGGUGUACCAUUAAUGCUUCCUGCAACUCAAGUCAUACCUUCUCCAAAUCCAGAAUGGAAUGGAUAUGAGGCUGCAAACUACCCAUCAUCAGAGAGGAGCUUACCUACACCUCCAGCAUUUUCCAUGAACAAGUUACUGAGUAAUAUGAACUUUACAUAUCACCACCAACAGGAGGUGGUAAUUGAAGAAUAUCCAGAGCGCCCUGGUGAACCAGAAUGCAGUUUCUUCUUGAAAACUGGAGAUUGCAAAUAUAAGUCAAAUUGCAAAUUUCACCAUCCAAAGAAACGCAUCUCAAAGCCAAAGACAAACCCAUGUGCUCUAAAUGACAAAGGCCUUCCCCUCAGACCUGAUCAGCCCAUCUGUACAAACUACUACCGAUUUGGUAUUUGCAAGUAUGGACCCGGUUGCAGAUUCGAUCAUCCGGCUAACUUUGCUACCUCACAGCCACCACCUUAUGAUCGGCCUCCAUUCAACUCUCAAACUCCUGAUGGAGCAGGAAUCAUCACAAUGAAAGGAAGUGGAAGUGGGUCUUCAAUGUAG